AUGGCUCAAGGUGGCCUUCUCGAUGCGGACGAAAGCAUUACACGUUUUGCCAAAGCCUCGCACUCCUUGAAUAGGGACGAGAUUACCCAAGUGCAGACAGUCUGCGAGGUGGCCAAAGAGGUCUGUCGACGGGCAGUCGCUGCCGUCGUGCGGGACGCGGAGCACGGGGCGUGCUUGCAGUCGUGCAGUUCCGACGGCACCCCCAUCCAGGUGUCCCAGCGAGUGUCUGCGCGGCUACCGAGCGGCAAGGUCGUCAAGCGGUUCGGCCGUUCCAGUCAUGAGUUCCUCGUCGGGGUCCAACUCGUCAGGCACGUGGCGCCGUCCGGGGAAUUGAGGACUGCCGCUCAGAUUCGGGACCCCGUGCCUCUCACCCACGGCAAAACAGCUCCCAGGCAGUUCGAAGCAGGUCGGUCGCAGUGGCCCACGCUGCGACAGCUGGGGCACCGAGGAGCCGUCGUGCAGCACUACGUUUGGGACCGUGCUGGCAUCACUGCUAUGUCGAGGCUCACUCAUCAGUACCACGAGCUGCUUGCGCCGCAGUUUUCAACGAGCUUGCGUUCGCACCACACGUUGCGUCUCCUAGAGUUCGUCGUUAUCACGGCGUGCAGCGCGCACGAUUGCCAGAACGCUUUCAAGUGGAGCCUGCCGGACAACUUCGGCGACCCUGAUGUGCUGCGCGAUGUGUACAUAGGCAUCGCUUCGGUCCGGAAUACUUUCGACGACGUCCUCAAGUACGUCCACGAGUGGGCUGCCACGUCAAUGCAGUUUUCGACCCCUUUGGGCGGGGCCGAAAAGCGCCGGUGGCGGGCAGUGUGGGGAGCACUCAUGCUGGACGAGGAGGUGGUCCACGUUUUGACUGACGUGCUGGAGUGCCGUUUCGUCGACGGCCAGCUGUGGUUGAGCGAGAACGCUGGCGAGCGGGUCGAUUGCGUGGGCCUGACAUGCACCACUCUGCUUGCCGUAUGGCGCUUUCGGCGUUUCUCCGACUCUCGGUGGCUGACCGUCGGGGCAUCCGCGAGGACCAUGGUGGCGGCGCACCUCGCGGGGAUAUGCGGCCUCUUUGAAUGGAUUCGCCAGAAGUCGCCCAAAGGCGGUUACUACAGGAAUGGGUUCUGGCGCCUUAAGCCCGACAGGUGGGCGUUCUUGGUGCGAGCCGCUCUCGUGGCGACAGUGCCCGACGCGGCGAUGUCCCUCCUCCUGAAAGACGGCCGCGUGGCGCUGCGGCUGGACGAGCUCAAGGCGAACACUCGUUCUGCAAUGGAGGAGCUGAGCUGCGUGGCCCCAGACGCAUGGCUCACGUUUGGCAGCGUCUGCCAGGCCCCCGGCCCGCAAUUGCGGGAGCAGUGUCUUCGAGGAGGGCAUCGGGCGCGUGCGUUCCUCCAGUUUCGGGUGUUCGACGUCGCGGAGGCCCUGCCCUUCUCCCUCUGUCGCGGGGGCGUGCCUGCCAAUCUGGAAGCGUUGGCGGCAGGGGCGCGGCCCGAGGAGCGGGUGUCUGGGCAGCUGUACGACCUCAUGGCUAUGGGCCACAACAGGCUCGAGCUGGUUGAGGUCGUCCGUCUGAUUGGAGACGUUCCCUGGGCGUCCCAGAUCGCGGAGCAGCUGCACGCGAGCGCCGCUCUCUUAAGCCGUUGGCAUCCCGAGUGCGAGCUCCAGACGCUGCUCGCCAGGAGCAUGGUCCACGCUGCCGCGAAGCUGCUGCCCCGCCCCACGGAUCUGGACAAGGAAGCCUUCGAGCUGGAGACCAAGAUCGCGAAGCUCAGGAAGAAGUGCCCUGAGAAGGCUGGCGGUCGGCAGAUGUACGUGCGCGACCUGUCCACCCUCCUGAAGGACAAGGAGCGGCGGCCGCGCCCUCUCAGGGGCAAGCUGCGGGCAGUUUUCAAGCAGCACGGGCCUCGGUACGCAAAGCUGUCUUCGGCAGUGAAGAAACGCUACCAGAAACAGGCCCGCGGGCACGCCGCGCAGAGACGGGGGGAGCUGGCGCGGCAGAUCGGCACCUUGCUCGAGAGCUUGUACGCGGUCAGGGAUAAGAUCCAGCAGGAGGCCGCGAGGCGGCCCCCGAUGUCUCUGUCCGCCGCGAAGUGGACGGGGCAGGACACUGACGAAUUCCGUGCCCUGGGGAGUGCCCCUGAGUUCUACAAGGGGCUCUUGGACCAGAAGCGGCGGGCAGCCUGCGAGGCCCCCGCGCCCAUGUCAGAGUCCCUCGCCAAGGCCCUCGCGGAGCAGGAAGUUGAGCAGGGCGCGGCGGAGCAGCUCCCGGACUGGGCCGGCCAAGUGGCUGCGCACCGCGAGUACUUCGAGGUGGCCGUGUUCACGUGGCGUGUUGGCGGCGAGGAACAGGCGUGGAUGUUCGUCUUUGCCAUGCAGCAGCCGGUCCACGUGUCCGUGUCCAGGUGCCACCGCGUGGAGGAGGAGUACGACGCGGCCGACUUCGCCUGCCCUGCUUCUCCCUGGGCGCCUCGCUGGCACCCUCACGUGUUCGAUGUGGACUACACAGUGAACAAGUCCUGCGGAUUCAUGGCCGCGGUCCCCGUGGGCGACAUUUCCGUGGUGCCUGAUUUCCGUUGCGUCGGAUCUCGGCGGUGGGCCUCAGAUGUUCCCGCGGUGCCCCUCCGGGCUUUCCUGGCCAGGCUCCCGCCCGUUUGCCGACGAGUGCCAGGGCCUGUUCCGCACGACGAGCACGCUGCUGGCAUGCGCCCUUCCCUGGGCCCGAAGGAUGCGCCUUGGGCGCAGGAUGGCUUGGAGAGGCUCCGGCUUGCUCGUAAGGGCGCCGCUGUGGACGGGUCCGCGGACAGCGACCCGGACCCCGACGAGGCCUCCGAUGCCGACGACGGCUCCGAGGCGGACGACGACCACGUCGACAAUCUUAGGCCGGCCGUGGAGGCCGCGGCGGCGAUCGAGACCGUGGUGGAGUCCAGCGACAUCGGGAAGGAGCUCUUCGGCGACAAGGUGGUGGAGGUGCUGUCGGCGAAGGUCGCGGAGGUCUUCGCAGUGCACGUGGGCAGGUUCGGCCAGGCGGAGAUGACCAGUGACUCGCUCGAGCUCCACAAGGAGAAAGCGUUGGAAGCCGUGCAGGAGCUUCCAUCCAUCGCUGUGCUCCCCAACCGCAGGAAGAUCACUUUCAGCUUCAUCGGCCAAGAGAUUCCGGACAGCGUGUCGUCUCUUUCGGAGGAGGCAGACCGUCGCUUCUCGGCGUUCUGGAAGGCCGCGGCGGUGAAGCAGGAGAAACUGACCAAGUUGUGGUGCGAGGAUCCCGUUGGUGUCUGCUCAUCCGGUGUACCCCGAGGCGGGCGACGUGGCGGCGGCGAUGUGCGAGAAGGCCGAGGUGGCGAGGGAGGCGUGCGACGCCUACUUCAAAGAGGCCGGCAAAAACACGGGCGACGAGGUCCAGGACGGGCUCAAGGCGAAGAAGGCGUCGUGGCUGAUCUCUGA